GCUGGAAGCCCACAAAAAACGUAAUCGAGCGUACAAAAUUCUGGAUUUAUCGAAACAUGAAGCAAGAUACUCAAAUUACCACGCCGUGUGCGCUUUGCUUGCAGUUAUCCGAUAGUCGCUCCAUUAAUAACGAAACACCGUGGGAGGAGAUAGAAAGAAUUGUGUGCAAGCAUUUCUGGCUCACGCCGGAGCUGGUGCGGACCCAAUUCGUUUGUGAAAAUUGUUGGAAUCCUCUCUCAGAGUUUCACAAAUUCUACCUAGAAAUUGAACGGAUUCAUCACGAGGCACACGAACCAACAAUCAAGAGACUUGUUCCACAGAAUUCGGCGGAGGAACAGAUAACCACAGAUUGUGCUCCGGGACAGAAAACCUUCGAAAGGAUUCGGGAUGAGUCCGAUGAAACCGAUGCAGAACAAAGAUCGAAGGAGUACGCUUCGGAGGUAGAAUUUCUCUCGAUUCCGCGGAUCGAUUCCUCGGAUGACGGUGUUUCUUCGGAAGUGGUGUGGGAGGCGGAUGAUGAAACCAUAACUGAAGGCGAAUUGGCGGUAGAUGAAAACGGACUAAUAAACGACCAUUGUCGACUGGCGUGUGGCGUGUGCAAACAGGUAUUGCCCGGCUUUAUUGAACUUAGAUCUCAUUUCCGAACGGAACAUCAUCAGGCAGGAUAUGUCGAUUGCUGUGGCCGACGGUUCCGGCAACGGUUGCGGUUGCUCGAUCACGUGAAGUUUACGAUCGAUCCGAAGGUAUUCACAUGCAGCCUCUGUGGCAAAUCGUUUUCAUCGUCCAACGCUUUGUGUGAGCAUUCGCUAAAACAUGCUCCUGCCGAUACCAAAAUCUACAAAUGCCACACCUGCCUCAAGAGUUUCGGUAGAAGAUACCAGCUGAACAUACAUACGCGACGGUGUAAGCAGUUUCGGUGCGAAGAUUGCGAUCUGGUAUUCCACAAUUGCCACGAGCUUAAACUUCAUCGGAAGCAACGGCACGAACAGAAACCGGAAUCAUUUGUUUGCAAAGAGUGUUCCAAAAGCUAUAGCACGAAUUUAGCACUCAAGCGCCACACGGAAAAUGUGCACGGUCCGGACAGGUGCAUUUGUGAUGUCUGCUCAAAAACAUUCAAGUCGACAGCACAGUUUAGGCACCAUCAGCGAAUUCAUCACGCACCCCAAUCCUCGUUUGGUGUCGAAUGUAGCAUCUGCAAGAAAUGGUUGAAAAACGGCGCCAAUCUCUCCAAACACAUGAGCCGACAUGGAACAAGCAAUAGACCGAAUAUUUGCGAGGUUUGCGGUAAACGCGCCCCAAAUGCAACGGCUCUGAAAGCCCAUAAGCGGUUUGUGCAUGAGCAGGAGAAAUCGUUCCAGUGUGCCAUUUGUGGCAAAGCAUUUAAGCGAGCAGUAACACUACGAGAACACAUGGCCGUGCACACAGGUGAGGCUUUGUAUAACUGCCCGUGGUGUACGAAAACGUUUAACUCAAAUGCCAAUAUGCAUUCCCACAAAAAGAAGAUGCAUCCCACAGAGUGGGAAAGUAGUCGCAAGCAAUACGAAGAACGCUUCAUAAAAUCCACUGUAAAAGAUUGAAGAUCGCGAUCUCCGUUAAACUCCUGUCCUUUUGAACCGUUUGAUUUUUUUAAAAAUA